AUGACUGGUGGUGGAGCUGUAGCAGCUGAGUGGCAUGGGGGUGAGCUGGUAGGUGUUGGCAGAGAGAGGAGUGGUGAUGGCAUGAAGAGGAAUGGCGAUGGCAUGGUUAUGUCAGUAGCGCACGGCAGGGCUACGGUGGUGAAUGGCGGGGCUAUGGAGGUAGAUGGUGAGCUGGACGAGACGCAGGGUGGGCAUUUAUUCACUGCUGCUCAGGUUGUUGAGGGUCCAGAGGGGUGGGAGGAAGAGUUGAGAGAGCCAGCAGGAGAGACAGCAGGAGAAGCAGCAGGAAUGGCAGCAGGAGAGCAAGCAGCGGUGGCUUUUGAGUCGACUCAGAGGGCACAGGGUGGGCGUGUAUUGGCUGCUCAAAUGGAGAGUGGGUGGGGUUUAGAGAAAGAGUUGAGAGUAGACGCACCAGAUGCAGCAGGAGGGAUUGAAUGGGACCAACUGUCCCCUGAUGAUGCUGCUGUUCCCAUGGCCACGCCUGUGUAUGGAUCCGUGGAGAACAACCAAUGGGGGGAGGGGAACAGAGGUGACUGCGAGAGAAGUGAUAGUGACGAGGGCUCUGUUGUCGUGGCGGAUGUUGUGGAGUUGGAGGGUGGUGAAGUGGGAGGUUUGGCGUUUGCAGGUAGGGAGGAUGGGAGGGAAGAGGGAUGGGAGGAGGAAGCGUUGGAGGAGGAGGAGGGGGAAAGGGGAGAGGAGGAAUCAGAGGAGAAGGAGGAGGAGGAGAAGGAGGAGGAGGAGGAGGAGGAGGAGGAGGAGGAGGAGGAGGAGGAGGAGGAGGAGGAGGAGGAGGAGGAGGAGGAGGAGGAGGAGGAGGAGGAGGAGGAGGAGGAGGAGGAGGAGGAGGAGGAGGAGGAGGAGGAGGAGGAGGAGGAGGAGGAGGAGGAGGAGGAGGAGGAGGAGGAGGAGGAGGAGGAGGAAGAGGGGGAGGGAGCGGAGGAGGAAGAGGAGGCGAAGUCAGUCCGGCAAGGUGGCUGGGGAGUGGAUGUGGGGUUGGGGGAGGGAGUGCAGGAUGAGGAAAAGCAGGAUGAGGAAAAGCAGGAUGAGGAGGAAGAGGAGGAAGAGGGGGUGGAAGAAGAAGAGGAGGAGGAUAAGGGUUAUAGUUUGGACGAACAGGUCAAGUUUGAGGAGGAGGAGGAGGAGAGAGUGGGGACAGAUUACUGGGAUGAGGUGGUGGAGAUGGAGGAGGAAGAAGAGGAAGAGGAGGAGGCCUUCAGCCGGGCCACCGUAACAGAUGAAGAGGCUGCUGCUAUCACAACUGUUGAGGCGGUUACCAUAACGGGUGAUGAGGCGGUUACCGUAACGGUCGAUGAUCUGGUUACCGUAACAGCUAACAAGCUGGUCGUUGACUUGUCUGAUGGUGAUGAUGAGGAUGAUGAUGAGAAGGAGGACAUGAUAGAGGAGCCCCAAGCAGCGAGCCUGGAGUAUGGGGAGAAGGGGGGGAACCCGAGCACUAGCAAGGGGAGUGAAGUCAAGAGCAAGGGCAGUGGAAUGAGGAGUAAGAGCAGUGGGAGUCUGUUUCGCGGGCUGAGGAGCAGAAGCAAGUCGUUACUAGGAGGAAGCAAGGCAGGAGCUCGGCAUGGGACGACGGGCGGUCAGGAGCAAUAUGGGUCCACAGAAGCAGAGGCAGAUACGUUGGUACAGCAGCAGGAUGAUAGAGGUACACCUGAUGGUGUUGUGGGCGACCCUUCUUCCUUGGCUGCUCCUCCCGCAUUCCCAGCCACGCUCUCUGUCAACACUGCUGCCAGUAGAGGCACCAUGAGCAGCAGCAGCAGCACUAUCAGUAGCAGCAGCAGCAGCACUAUCAGUAGCAGCAGCAGCAGCACUAUCAGUAGCAGUAGCAGCGGCGGUAUGGCAGGGCUGCGAGCCCGCUCUUUUGCUGCAGUGGGGAACGUCAGAAGCGGUAUCUCCUCUGCAGCCACCAAAGCAGCGAUAAAAGCAGCGACUGGGAUCAGCUCAGGAGCGCGUAACGUCUCUGCGGUUACCAGCCUCCCCGGCGCUGCUGCUAGGAACGUGGCUGCUGCAGCAGGGGAGGUGGGGCAGGGGGCGAGGAGCCUUGCUGCGGUGGCAGCAGGGGGUGUGGCUACUGGUGCGGUGGCUGUUGCUGGGGGGAUCAAGGGAGGGGCUAGGAACGUUGCAGGGGGGAUUAAGGGCGGAGUGAGGACAGUGGCAGGGGGGGUGAGAGAUGGGGCGUUGACGGUUGCAGGAGGGGUGAAAGGAGGGGCUAUGACUGUUGCUGGAGGGGUGAAAGGAGGGGCUAUGACUGUUGCUGGAGGGGUGAAAGGAGGGGCUAUGACUGUUGCAGGAGGGGUGAAAGGAGGGGCUAUGACUGUUGCUGGAGGGGUGAAAGAGGGAGCCUUGACAGUGGCAGGAGGUGUAAAAGAGGGAGCUCUAACAGUGGCAGGGGGAGUGAAAGGGGGGGCUUUAACAGUGGCAGGUGGUGUGAAAGAGGGUGCUUUAACAGUGGCAGGGGGUGUGAAAGAGGGUGCUUUAACAGUGGCAGGGGGUGUGAAAGAGGGUGCUUUGACAGUGGCAGGGGGUGUGAGCGGGGGUGCGCUGACAGUAGCAGGAGGGGCACAGAGCGUAGCAUUUGCAGCAGCGGGAGGAAUCAAGGAGGGUGCAAGGAGCGUGGCAGGCACUGCAGCAGCAGCAGCAGCGGUGGCAGCAGGGGGGAUCAAAGAGGUGGCAUCUGAGAUCAAGCAUUUGGCAGAAGAGGUGGCAGCUGGGCAGGGUGGGUCAGGCUCUGGCCGGAUGCAACGGGUGCAUAAUGUUGCGGACAGAGAGGGGGAAGAGGGUGAGGACUGCGAGGAGAGAGGGUUACAGAGUAACGGCUUGGUCGCUCAAGAGGACUGCACCGCAGCAGCAGUUAGGGUGCUGCCCAGCAGCCGAACCACUGGCGGAGUGAGCAGCAGCAGCGAUGCCGGGGGAAGAGGGAGUUUGAAUCACCAGGGCAGUGCAAGCUUCCAGCAUGGCCCCAAGGGACAUUCCAGAAAUUUGUCUGAGGAAAUGCCGUUCCUCAGGGUGACUAGCCUUGCCGCUCUUUCCCCUGAAGAUGCCGUGUUGGCAUUGUGGGAGGAGGAGGGGGAGUGUGAGGAAGGGGGGGAGGGCAAGAGAGGGAUAAGAAGCUCCCACUCCCGCCGUUUCCAUGCCUCCGGCCUUGCCAUUGCCGGGGCUGCUGCCGCAGCUGCGGCAGGGGUCCGGUCCGGAGCUAAGAACGUAGCUUCGGGAGCGAUGAAUGUGAGGCAGGGGAUUAAGGGAGGGGCAAGGAACGUGGCGUCGGCAGCAGCAGCAGCUGCGUCAGGAAUAGGGUCGAGAGUAGAGAGUGUGGGUGGGAGUGGUGCAUUGCGGGGUGCGAGUGUGGGCAGCAGAUGCUGCAGGCAGGCUCCUAGGACGGAGACGUUUGGGCACAACGCGUCGUUCGUUGACAGGUUUGUUGCUGGGUUGGACGAGAGUGGGGUGGGUGUGGAGGGAGAGAGCGGACGGGAUUUAGGCAGAGAGGAAUGGGAGGUUGGAAGCAGUGAUGACGGAUGGGGAGGAAUGGAGGAGGGAUUUGGAGAGGAGGAUGAGGAGUGGGAGUUGGCGGAGGAGGGUGAAGAAGGGAAGAGGGAGGGUGAGGGGUUGGAGGAGGAAGGAGGACGGUCGGAGGGGUUGGAGGGGGAGGGUGUGUUUAAGAUCUCUCAGAAACACGAGGGGCCGCACGAGGGGCAGCACGAGGGGCAGCACCAGACGCAGCACCAGAGGCAGCACAGGGGACGAAUCUCACGAGCAUUUUCCAGCAAUGCUGUUUCGGUGCUUGCCGUUCCCGGCAGCAGUAUGGGUGAGGAGGAGGAAGAGGUUAGUGCUCCCGGAAGUGCAGCCAUGCGACGCUCAGUGAGCAGCAGCAGCGGUAACGCGGUAACCAGCCUUGUUGUCGUAACCAGCGAGAACGCGAUAACUGAUAGUGCUGCAGCUACCAGCGCUGCUGCUUUUACCAGCAAAGCAGCGGAGGGGCAGCACAGCCGGCGGGCUUUGCCGGCCUACCAGGUGCCCUUGUCCCUCCGCAUCCGAGCAGCCUUGGAGCAACGCACUCUAGAGGGCGGGGGUGAGGGAGUGCUGGCAGCGGCAUUGCAUGUGUCUACAUCUGUGGGUGGCGAAUCUAGGCUUGUUGCCAGGUCAGCCUCCUUUACAGGGGGAGCAGCAUGGUCGGAGAGUCCAGCUGGCAGUGCCACGUCAGCGUCGCUGGAUAGUGUUCCGGAUUCCCUCUCCCCGCAGCAGAAGAGUCCGCGGAUGCUGCAAAGGGCUAAGGCCACAGGUAGCAGGGAUUCCGUGUUUCAGCAGGGUGUUUUUGAGAAUUCUCAAAAACACCCCACAGGUAGCGGGGAUUCCGUGUUUCAGCAGCAGACCCAGCACAAGGAGCAGAAGGCGCAGGAGCAGCAGGAGGCGCAGGAGCAGCAGGUGCAGCAGGUGCAGCCAGUGAAGCCGAAACUGCAAAAGCUGAGCUCCCGCUCCAACCGUGACUCAAUUGUUUUGCAGAAGGAGCAGGAGCAGCAGGAGGCACAGGAGCAGCAGGCACAGGAGGAGCAGUUGCAGCACGUGCAGCAGUUACAGCCGAUGAAGCCGACACUGCAGAAGCUCAGCUCGCGCUCCAACCGUGACUCAACUCUCGUGCCUCACUGCUCCCCUCGCUCCUCUUCCCUCCCUGCCGAACCCUCCACAUCCUCCCUCUCCUCUUCGUCCUCCUCUCUCCCCUCCUCUCUCCUCUCCUCUCUCUCGUCCUCGCAGCGACAUGCAGUUGAUCUCACCACCUCCUUCCCUCAGUUCAAGCGAGAGAUUGCCCGCAUCCGCUGCUUGUCAUCCCUCAAAUCCGCUGCUGUGUCUGCUGCGUCUGCUGCUUCUGCUUCUUCUGCUUCUGCUGCGUCUGUGUCUCUGAGUGGUAAGAAGCACCACAAGGAGCGGUCGCAGGAGUGGGCCGAGCAAGUGACGGGAAAGAAGCUCCUGUCACGACAGCUGAACGAGCAGCAGCAGGAGAAGCCGCGGAGUGAGUUUCCAGGUGCUUCUCCAGGUGAUUCGCCAGGUGCUUUUUCUCAGGUGCGUCCGCAGGUGCUUCCCCAGGUGUUCCAGUUUCUCUUUGAGCCACACUUAUCACCGGAACCCUCGCUGCCUGCUCGUGCGAACCUGCUUCUUACAAAAUGCGCUGAGCUGUCAAGGUUUGAGCGCAGAGAGCUGUCAAUCAGAGGGCUCAUUCUGAGGCCGGAGGGAAGGGUGAGUGUGAGAAAGGAGGAGAGGAAGGUGGGUGUGGAAGAGAGAGAGCGGGACGGGGAUGAAGAGGGGGAGAAGGGGGUUGAGGAGGGGAGGAUGGCGGAGGUGAAUGAAUGCGGUGCAGAGGGGUUGGGAGCGGGAGAGGGCGGUGGUGGGGAGAUGGAGAGGAGUAACCUGGUGUGGGAGAAGCUAGAGCAGCAGCUGGAGGUGCAGAGGGAGGAGGAGGAGAGGCGAGAGGGGUUAUUAGAGCAGCAGCGUGCAGAGGGCAGCAAUGAGCAGUCAGGAAGCAGAGAGGAGCGAGCAGAGAGCAGGGAGCAGAACGGUGCUGCUGCUGGCGGCGUGGAGGUGGUUGGGGGCAGAGCAGACCAGGGUGAUGAGGUGGAUGGGCGUGGUGCUGUGGGGUUGAAUCCGGUGCUGAUGCCGGCCAAACCGCCGCGCAUGCUCUCCCGGCUAAAUGCCACCCGACGCCGCCCGUCUGAAGACAACAGCUUCGACAGCAAGAGUGUGGGAAGUAAAGGAGGAGAGGAGGAGGAGGAGGAGGAGGAGGAGGAGGAGGAGGAGGAGGAGGAGGAGGAGGAGGAGGAGGAGGAGGAGGAGGAGGAGGAGGAAGGGGAGGAAGAAGGGAAGAAGGAGGGUGAGGUUCUAUCACCAAGGGAAGAGGCCAUGAUGCUGCUGUGGGUGAUUCCCGGAUUAGGGGGCGAGGAGGAGGAGGAGAGGAAGAAGGUGAGAAUACGGCAAGCCCUGGCAGCGGCAGCAGGCGGGAUCGCCAGUGGGGCUUUAACUGUGGCAGGGGGGAUCAAGGGUGGGGCGAUGAAUGUCAGGGAGGGAAUCAAAGAAGGGGCGUUGAAUGUAAAGGAGGGGAUUAAGGGAGGGGCGAUGAAUGUUAAAGAGGGGAUUAAAGAAAAGGCGAUGAAUGUUAAGGAAGGUAUUAAAGAAGGGGCGCAGAGUGUUAGGGAGGGGAUUAAGGAAGGGGCGUUCAGCGUAAAAGAAGGGAUUAAGGGAGGCGCGUCAAAUGUCAGAGAGGGGAUUAAGGAAAAGGCGAUCAAUGUGAAGGAGGGGAUUAAGGAAGGGGCGUUGAAUGUGAAGGAGGGGAUCAGGGGAGGGGCGAGGAGUGUUGCAUCUGUGGCAGGGGCAGCAGCAGCAGCAGCAUCGGGGAUAGCCUCUGCGCCUGCCGAAGAGACAGUGCUUGUUCCCAUGGGCAGUGAGGAGGGGAGAGUGGUGAGAAGCAAGAGUGAGGAGCACAACGGAGUGAGGGAGGUUGGAUUGGCUCCAGGGGUGGGGUCAAGGGAGGCUGGGGGAUCUCGUUCUGGUGACCUGGGGAGGUCUUAUUUAGGGGAGGUGGGAGCUGACCCUGGGCCUGGGGCGCUUCAAAGCCUGGGGAGGUCCUAUCUGGGGGAGGUGGAGAUUGGUGCUGUUGGGUUUGCAAAGGUGGUACGGAGAUACGGCGAUGAUGAUGAGGAGGAGGAUGAGAGUCAGAGUGUCACUAACGAGGAUGACAAUAACAAGGAUGGCAAUAACGAGGAUGGCAAUAACGAGGCCUUCUGGUGGGGGGAUUACGAGGAAGAGGAGCAGCUGAUGCGUGAUGAUUCAGAUGAAGAUUCAGGUGACACUUCAGGUGAAUGUUCACGGAACCCAGUUGUGCUUGGUGGUUUGGAGGAAGGCGAGGUUAUUGGUGGACGUGUGGUAAAAGGAGGGGCAUUAGAACUGGGAAACGGGUGGGAUGAGGGAGGAGGAUUGGGAGAGGGAGGAGGAUUAGGAGAGGGAGGAGAAUCGGAUGAGGGAGAGGGGUUAGGGAAGGGGCUGGAAGGGGGAGGAGGACAGGGAAGGGUAGUUGCUGGAUGGGGUGCUCUGAAGAAGCUUGAUAGUAGGCGGCGCGAUCGACGGUCGAGAUCAUCGUUUGGUUCUGAUCUUCCGUCAGUGGAUGAAGAGGAGAUGGAUGUGGAAGGGGGUUUGAGUGAGGAGGGGAAAGAGAGAGAGGAGGGGAGAGGGAGGGAGGAAAGAGAGGAGGGGAGAGGGGGGGAGGGGAGAGAGGAGGAGGAGGGGAGAGACGAGGGGGAGGAGAGUGAAGGGGAGGAGAGUGAAGGGGAGGAGAGGAGAGUGGUGGAUUGGGGGAUAGAUGGAGAAGAGGGGAGCGAGGCCGAGGAAGAAAGAGAGGCGGAGGAGAAAACAGGGAUGAAGGAAGGAUUUCUGGAGGAGAUGGAGAGUGAAGGGGAGGAGGAGGAGGUUAGGAGUGAAAGGGAGGAGGAGGAGGUUAGGAGUGAAGGGGAGGAGGAGGAGGUUAGGAGUGAAGGGGAGGAGGAGGAGGUUAGGAGUGAAGGGGAGGAGCAGCAGAGUGAGGCGGGGGAGGGAAGCUGCUUUGGGGAUGCAGGAAUGGGGCAGGUUGCGAGAGAGGCAGAGGAGGGUACAAAGGUGGAUGAGGAGAGAGCGGUGGAAGGGGAAAGCGAGGAGGGAGGAGGAGAGGCUGAGGCGAAAACAGGAAUGAAGGAAGGAGAGGAGGAGGAGAUGGGGAGUGAAGCGGAGGAGGAGGAGACUAGAAGUGAGGCGGGGGAGGGAAGCUGCUUUGGGGAGGUGGAGAUUGUUCCGGAAGCCAGAGAGGUAGUGGAGGGUGCAAAGGUGGAUGAGAAAAGAGAGGUGGAAGGAGAAAGGGAGGUGGAGGAACGAGAGUUGGAAGUGGAAAGAGAGGUGGAAGGGGAAAGAGAGGUGGAAGGGGAAAGCGAGGUGGAAGGGGAAAGAGAGGUGGAAGGGGAAAGAGAGGUGGAAGGGGAAAGAGAGGUGGAAGGGGAAAGAGAGGUGGAAGGGGAAAGAGAGGUGGAAGGGGGAAGAGAGGUGGAGGAACGAGAGAUGGAAGGGGAAAGGGAGGUGGAGGAACAAGGAGAGGCUAUGGAGCGAACAGGGAUGGAGGGAGGAAAGGGUGAAGAAGAAGUUGAGCGUGAAAGAGUGGAGGAGGAGAGAGAGGAGGAGAAAGAGGAGGAAGAGGAGGAAGACAAGGAAAAAGAGGAGAAAGAGGAGAACAGUAAUCGCGUCAGGGAAGUGGAAUUGGAGGAGGAAGGAGGAGAGAGUCUGGAGGGUACACAGAUGGAGGGGGGUCGAGAGGAGGGGGAGGAGGAGGAGAGUGAGGUGGGGAAGAGGCAAGGAUUGGAAAAUGGAGAAGAGAUCGAAGAGAGUGAGAAGAGUGAGGAGGGAAGUCACAGGGACGAGCAAGAUUUGGAGGAAGAUGGGGAGAGUAGAGGCGAGGACGAGAGGGAGGGGGAGGAGGGAAGGGAGAGGAAGGAGGGCGUAGAGGCGAAGGAGGGAAAAAAAGAAGAGAGGAUAGAAGGAGUGGUGGAGAUGGGAACAGAUACCCCGUCCAUCCGCCGAAUCGGGUCGGCAGCGGCGGCAGCGGUGGCAGCAGGAGACGUGGUGAUAAGCAAGAGUGCGGCCGGUGCUGCUGUGCUGCUUCAAGCAGCCCAACCUCUCUUUGAGCGGACUGAGGAGCUGUCAGGGAGGCGAGGAGCAGCAGAUGGAGCAGCAGAAGUGGAAGCAGAAGCAGAAGCAGCUGCUGCUGCAGCAGCAGCAACAGCUACAGCAACAACAACUACAGAGGAAGAAGGGAGUGCGGGGCAUGGGAGUGUGGAGGACAAGCGGAUUGGUGAAGGGAAGAAGGGUAAGGUCAAGGCAAAAGGAGGCGAGAAGAAGGCGUUGCUCAAGUCACCUUCCAGGAAGAUUCAUCGGCGGGAGUCCCGGGAUGGGGAGACGAGUGGGGAUGAUGUGGUGAAGAGCGGCCGGCCCCACCAGCGGCACCAGCACACCCCACAGCAACGCCUCCUCUCCCGCCUCCCCUGCCGGUUCCUUCAGCUUCGCCCUGCUCUCCCCUGCCACUCCAAAGCAGCAACCUUCUAA